AUGUAUGCUAAGCAAGUGGGCAUCAGUUUGUUGACCAGGUCAAAUAAAUCGCUAGAACGUCGCCGAGAUAAUGUUGAUGCUAACAAGGAAGGUGGUGAAUGCCGCGAUGUGAGCGGGAAAAGUGAUGGUGAUGUAACUGCGGGCGACGUCGAUCGUCGGUACGAUGAGGAGCCCGUCGGACGAGCCAGUGUUCUGAAACAUAGAACUGUAUUUUAG